ACUCUCCAAAAGUGACAAUUGAACGGCAACAAUACAAACAAACACACGCAGUGCAUUCAGCAGGCGAACGUAAUAAAUAUGUGGGAGAAUUCCCCACAUAUAGCUUUCAGUGCUGAGAACGAGCAAACACAGACGCGCGUCGUGCACAUAUGCGUGAAAAACUAGCUGGCAACAACGGGAGCGAGUCCAAAUGCGAAGAAAAGCCAGCGAAUCUUUAUCGAGGCGCUGCGAGUAAAGAGUGAAUAAAUUCAGUGCGGCCGCUUGCCAUUUUCGGGCGAAUUAUGUCUGCGUCGGUGAUAUGCGUUGACCUGAGCUCGGAGUCCGAUGAAGAGUCACCGGCUGGAAAAAGACGACGACUCGAGGAUCCCCUGCGACCAAUGGCUCCAACUGGUAGACAAACUUUGCCCGCCAAACUUAUGAACAUACCAAAGGCAUCCUUGGGAUCUCCUGUGGGAGUUGGAGUACCAGUUUCAGCAGGAGGAGGACCUGCGAGGGCAUCCCCUGUCCCAGUGGAUCCCCUCCGAUCCAUGCACAUCCCCAGCGGCAUCACGGUGACCAAACACCAGAAGAACAUCCUCACCACAAACGGAAAUCUGACCAUUUCCUUGGCAGAGAACAACAAUAACAACACCAACAGCUACAAUAACAACAACAACACCAAUGUGAUUGGGAAGCCGGUGAAGAUGGGCGCCGCCCAGAAAGUGGCCUGGUCGGUGAGCAGCAAGGCUCCCAGUCCGAAUGCCCUGAUCACCAGCGUGCCCAGUCACCAGGUGAGGGUGACGCCUGGCAACCAAAUACGCUUGGCACCCGGCGCCAAAGUCAUCCAGUCACCCAUUGGAGUAACGCCGAAAACGAUACCUGCAAAGAUUCAACCGCCCGUUGGGAUAGGUCAGCCCCAAAAGCCUAUAAUUCUAGGAGUAACAAAGCCAAAAGCUCCAAUGGGACAGAUGUUGCAGCUACAGCAGCAGCAGAAGACGCUACCAGCGCAGCAGAAGGUUCUUCCUGGACAGCAGCAGCAGCAGAGAGCUUCUCUGGCUAGAUCGUUGGGUUCUCCGAUGCAGCAGCAACAGAAAUUACUGGGCCUUCAGCAAAAGGCGCUGGCAAGACCAUCGCCUCAGCAGAAAACGGCGGUGGGAGGGCAGUUCCAGCAGCAACAAAAGGCCAUUGUGGGACAACAGCAACAAAGGGCGUCCCUGGGGCAAAGCCAACCGCAGCUGCCACAACAGAAGGCUGCCCAGGUGCAAGUGCAGCAGCAGAAGCCACUCCAAAAGAAGCAAAAUCCGCAAAAGCCGUCCGUGGGGCAACUGCAACUUCACCAGCAAAUUCAACAGCAGCAGCAGCAGCACAUAGCCGCUUUAGUGCAGAUGCAGCAGCAGCAACAGCAACGAAUAUCCAUGGGACAACUACAACAGCAACAACUGCAACUGCAACAGGUGUCUCAGAAGGCAGGACAGAUGCAGCAGCAACAGAGGGCUCUCCUGGGACACCCGCAGCUUCCCAAGGUACCAACGGCUCUGCUGCGACCACAAAAUCCAUUGACGUCGGCGCAACAGCAGCAGCAAUCACCAAAAACCCAGAUGGCUCAACAACUAAUGAACUCUGUGUUGGGCGAACAGAGUCCUGUUCAGCAGCCAUCUCUCCCCGUCGUUAACCAAAUUACACACAAAUCGAUGACCAUUCAAAAACUACCCAUGCUGCAGAAAGCGCCCACGGCGGCGAAGGUUCCUCCGAAGCAGAUAUUCCCCCAGCAAGCGCCACCACCCGCUCAUUUAGUUCAAAAGCAGACGCCGCCACAAGCACCACUGCAAACUCCUCCUUUCGCACACCGUCCGCCGAUUGUGCGACCUGCUACGGUGACCAAGAUCACGACGGUGCCGAGCCGAGCGGGCUUUCAAAUGAAGCCACAGGUGCCUGGAGCAACCGCCGUCAUGAGUGCCGCCCGAACGUUGCCCUUUAGGAGCAGCACAGCCCACAAGGCAGCCACUCCGCCACUGACUUCUACGCAUCUCCAGGGAUUCACAGCCAGCGCCACGCCACCGCAGCGUCUGUUGGCCACUCCGCCGCAUUGUGCGGCCGCCUUGAAUGAGCCGCUGCUGUUAAAUUUACCCCCCACCACCAGCAUUACGCCACAGCUAACGCCCACGACAACUCCCCCGCCAGCUGGGAUUCCGGCGGCAGUUCAACAGCUAGCCAAAGCAGCAGCCUUUAAAUUGAACUCCUUGCCCGGGGCAAGCAUUUCUCCGGUGACCAAGGUUCCCGCUACGACGACCGCCAAGCGCAUCCAGCCCAUCACUGUGCUCAAGAAGUCCGACGAGGAGUGGCGGCGGCAUAUUCUCGAGCAACAGCAGCAGCAGCAAAGGCAGCGCGAGCAGCUGCAGUCCAGCUCGACGCCCACAAUUGUCCUCGUGGAGUCUCCGCCCACUACGCCGCCCACGGAGAAGCCGGAGACGGAGAAAACGCCGCCAAUCAAGUCGAGUACAACGGAUAAACAAGCCAGUAACCUGAAGAGACCUGCUAUAGUAACUCCUCCCUUGAAGAAUUCGGUGAAUGUCGAGCCGGAGAUCGUAGAUUUAGAUGCCUUGCCUGAGACGCCGCCGAAAAAGCGAAAGACAGAAGAUUCCACUCCCGUAAAGAAGCCCCCCCAGGAAGCAUCGCCGCCAGCAAAAGCCGCCUUUACGCCAGAGUACGCGGCACUCAUUAAGCUGUGUCGCCAGGUGGACCCCUCGGAGGACAUGGAGCGCCUGUCCAAGGGCAAACUUACCAAGUAUUACUACAGCGUGCACGAGAGCUUCGUGGCGUCGCGCGGCUUUCGCAAGAUGGUCGAACAGGCCAUGGAGCGGAUCAGGAGCGAGUCGGACAUGGUCUACGUGCAUCUCAAGUACGUGGUGGACGAGCUGAAGGCGCGGCGGGUGGCCAAAGUGGUGAAGCCAGCAGCAAGAGAGUCCCCGCAGCCAAGAGCUUCCACUCCCAAGGAGCAGCAGAGAAGAGAAGAGAAGAAAGAGCGGGAUCAGGAGCAGGAUCAGGAGCAGACUCAGGAGGAAAAAGAGGAGGAGGAGGAAGCGGAACCCGAGCCCGAUUCGCCCACCACCGAUAAGCGUAAGGAUGAGCGCAUUCGGCAGUUGAAUCGCACGCUUUACACCAUCACCAAGCGCAUCAAGAUGCUGGAGGACGCCGAUGUGGACCUGAACGACGAGGACUCCAGCUAUCUUCAGGUGGAACGCUUCAAGAAGCGCGCCUGCCAAAUAUACGAGAAAAUCUGUGAUCUAACCGGCGAGAGCAAGAAGGCCAGUCGCCAGCUGAAGCAGCCCAUCCAGUUCAAGGACACGGCCUACACGCACUUCAAUCGCACCCUGUCGGCCUUUGUCAACAAGAUGCGCGAGUUUCCCGACUACCACGACGUGCUCCAGAUUCUGGAGCACUGCAACAAGGAGAAGGAACUCGGACUGGCCAGCUUCGAGAUGAAGAGAAUCGCCUAUGAUGCCUUUGCCAAAGUCGGUCGACUACUGCAGUCACGUCGGAAGACUGAUCUUUACGAAACCGUAACGCACUUCACGGCCAAUGUCAAAGAUCCGGCCGCCAGCGAUCCCGAACUGCUUGCGAAGUUAAAGGAGAACAACAGAAAACAAACUAAAAUAAGUGAUGUCCUGGAAAAGUAUGCCCGCGAGCAGGAUCUCAAUGCGGAGGAGCGGCAAGAGGCGCGGCUUAAGGAGAAGAAGCUGAAGCAGGAAAGGGCCGAAGAGGAGGCCGCCAAGCUGGCUGCCUUGGCGGUGGACGACGACAAGCCCUGCACAAGUGCCCAGGCAGCAGCCAAAGAGGCCGCCAUCGCAGCUUUAAUGAAGAGUAGUUCGUCGGCUCGUGGAAACGGCAACGGAAUCGAGAGGAAGCGCUCCAUCGAUGCAAAGGUUUUCAAACUCGACGACGACGGCGAGGACUCGGAGGAGGAAUCGGACACGGAGGACGAGGAGGAUGAUGUAGACGAAUUCGUGGAUAACUUCAAGGCCAACGGCGAAGUGAGUGAUGCCGACUCCGAGGCGGAAGAAGAAUCGGCGGCCGCCGAGGAGGAUGUGAUAGAUAUAACGAGAGCCGAGACUGGCAAAAAGAUUGACGAAGCCCCGCCCAACGGCAAGCUGAAGAUAAUGUCCGUCUCUAGUCUGAACGCCAACUUCGUCCAUGGGCAGGAUCCGCACACAAAACCCCAUCCUAAGCCGGUCAUUGCGGACGAGAUUAUCAUUUCGGAUGAGGAGUCCUAGAAC